AUGAGAUCCCAAACAAGCAAUUCUCCCACAGAAGCUCAGUCAUUGAAACGGAGGAAUUUGAUACUGGCAAACCUCAAAAUUGAAGACAACAAAUAUUAUGAUGAGAUCUAUAGUGCUGUUGAGAAUGAUCUGAACAGUGGAGUGGAUUCCCCCAGGCGUGCACUGCGAACAAGAGAGCAGAAAGCCUCGGCGAUUGUUCAGUACAAUAAUGAACUCAAUUCUUCCCAUUCUGAUUCCCCAAGGCGACGUGGGAGACCCCCUAUUCAUCACAAGCCAAUUUCGGCCUCUAAUCCUCCAAAAACCAAGAGUCCAUCAACUCGUUCUUCUCCCCAGGCUCGAAACGUUCUACGGCCUGGAGUCUAUGUUCCCAAGCGAAAGAGAGGUCGUCCGCGAAUACUUGGAUAUCAUGAAUCACGAGAUGGAAGAAGAACUUUUUAUGUUACUUUAAGGUUUAGAGGUCCUGGAGUUGAGCCUCAGGUGUUACAUGGUCCUGACGACAUAAUUCCAACGCCGACGAAGAGCUCAUUGAAGUAUUACACCAAGUCUGUGGUUGCGGCUGUGGAAAAGGAGGAUUUUGAAGAGAAAGAACUGCCUUUCCGCGGAAUCCUGUCGUUCGAAAACAGCAACACUUAUUUUACUAGACCCACGAAGGAGAUCAAGGAUAGGUUCAAAAUGGCAAAGAAGAAGAGCGCAUCUGCGUCUUUGCUUAAUGGAGAGAAGUCCAUGAUUAGGAAGCCUACCAAAGACUUGCAAGUUACAGGAGAGGAUAAUCCGUAUGUUCAUAUGCUCAGCAAGAUUGAGUGCAUCCAUUUCAGUGGUUAUGAGAUUGACACUUGGUAUACGGCUCCAUAUCCUGAAGAGUACUCUUCUAAGUCUGUUCUUCAUAUUUGUGAGCAUUGCCUGAAAUAUUUCAACUCCGGUUACAUCCUGAACAGACAUUCUUUGAAAUGCCCUUACUCUAGCCAACCCCCUGGGAAUGAGAUCUAUAGGGACACCUCUGGGAGAGUUGCCGUAUUUGAAGUUGAUGGGAGGAAGAACACGAUCUAUUGCCAGAAUCUGUGUUUGCUGGCAAAGCUGUUCCUGAACUCCAAGACAUUGUACUACGAUGUGGAACCGUUCAUGUUUUAUGUGCUCAUGGAGCUGGACUCUUUGAACAACUAUCAUUUUGUGGGAUAUUUUUCCAAGGAAAAACUCAAUACCACGAAAUACAAUCUCAGUUGUAUUUUAACUCUGCCCAUAUACCAACGAAAGGGUUACGGAAACUUUCUAAUCGAGUUCAGUUAUCUGCUGACCAGACGAGAGUACGAGAUGGGCACUCCAGAGAAACCUCUUUCAGAUCUCGGGCUGUUGAGUUAUCGAAAUUACUGGAAAAUAUCGGUAGCCAGGGCACUCAAGAGCAUUGUCUCGAAAAUGCCAUCUGGAUCUGGGCUACUAAAAAUUUCCAUACAGGAUCUUUGCAGCUAUACAGGUAUGAUUGCGAACGAUGUUGUUUGCGGUCUGGAGGAGCUUGAUGGCUUAGUCAGAAACCCAGAUACGGGAAGAUAUGGUAUUCAUGUUAAUAUGCCACUUCUUGAUACUGUUAUUGCCAAGUGGAAUAAGAAGAGAUACGUGAAGAUAAUCCCAGAGCUGCUUCUGUGGAAGAGUGUUAUUCUUGGUCCUUCUGGUGGAAUAAACACAACCACCACCAUGGUUAUCACAACUGGCGAGAACGGAACAACAACCACGUCUGAAAGUGCAACUUCAAAUGCCAAAUACGACGAAAAAGGCAACAAGCUGAUGUCCAGCAUAUCGCUAAUCACGAACUUCAUGAGAGAUGAUCUGGAGGAUUAUCGUGACAUAGAAGAGCAGACACUCGAAGAGAUACAGAAUAGACUGGAAGGUAAAGAAGGAUACGAGGACGAUGAUGGUGACGAUGAUGAUGAUGUUGGUCUGUCUAGGGCUCAUUUUCUGAGAGAAUUCGAGGUCUGUCAUCCUGGAAUGAGCGUUGAGAAGAGAAUAAAGCAUACUGCGCCGGUGAUUUUUGAGAAUGAGAGCGACGAAUACGAUUAUGGGAAUGGUAACGUUGAAGCGGAUACAGGUGCUGAUGCUGACGCAGAUGCUGAAGGAGUAGAUGUGCUGGAUGACGAGUAUUCUGACGAAGCUGCUGCCGAAGUGGAAAGCGACGGGGCAGUAUCUGAAGACGUUGAUGACAUGUUCACAGAAACAGAGUCUGUUCUUGAAAGAACCACAAAUGGAAGAUUCUCUAAGAAGAUGAGACAUUCGGCAAGAUCAUUGGCAAAAAUCUCAGUGAGCCCAGCAUCCCAACGUCAUUUGCGCGAGAGAUCAUCCAAUCAAUUAGAGACUACGGCUACCCGUAACGGGUCUCGUCGUCUGCGCAACGGAGCAAGGUGA